GCACGAUACAUAUAUAGUUAAUUAUUUUGUAAUUAAGUAAAUGAAUAUGCCUGAGCUUAACAUAAAACACUAACGGAUUAGCGAAUUUACAAAAUGAAUAGAUUAAUAUCAAUAAACAGGUGCCAUAUUAAUACAAUUCGAAAUAAUAUAACUAGAACAUCACCUUUUAUUUUGGCUUCGAAAAAUGUUCAACCAUAUAUUUGUAUCUUUCGCGGAGCACACGAGCAAAAGAAUAUCAGAUCGACUCUUAACUACAUGAUAGCACUCGGUGUUAUGACGGUUGGUUUAAGUUACGCGGCAGUACCAUUAUACAGGAUAUUUUGUCAGGCGUACAGUUACGGAGGUACUACUGGCCAUGCAGAAGCUGAUGAAUCCAUCAGUAAGAUGAAAGCAGUCAAGCAUAGACCUCUCAAGAUUCGCUUUAACGCCGAUGUGGCCUCUUCCAUGCAAUGGAACUUCAAACCACAACAAGUUGAUAUUACUGUGGUGCCAGGUGAAACAGCACUAGCAUUUUACACAGCACGUAACCCCACAGACAAGCCUGUGAUAGGCAUCAGCACCUACAACGUAAUCCCUUUUGAAGCUGGACAGUACUUCAACAAGAUACAAUGCUUCUGCUUCGAGGAACAAAUGCUUAAUCCCCAUGAACAGGUUGAUAUGCCAGUAUUCUUCUAUAUAGACCCAGAGUUUAGCGAUGAUCCUAAAAUGGAAUUUGUUGAUGAAAUAGUACUAUCCUACACUUUCUUUGAAGCUAAGGAGGGCUUGAAACUACCAGUCCCAGCUUACGCUAGAUAAAUGUUGUUAUGUAAAUAAGUUGUUGACAGAUUAUCUAAUUUAUGUAGCAAUAUGUAGUAUAAAGUAUUAAAAUAUAAGUUUGCUAAAAA